UGAAAGUUCAAAUCCUAACUUCAUGGCUCAUGCACGCUACAACGCUUUAGUUCACCCCAAACCCUAACUUCAUGCACGCUACCCCGCUUUAGUUCACCCCAAACCCUAACUUCACGCACGCCUCACGCCACCACGCCAAGGCCUUACCUAUCUUUCCCUCUCUCCGGUAAUCGUCAUCCACUCAGCGCAGAUCGUCGCAACUCGCGCAACACCAGUGGAACUCGCGCAGAUCCGUCAAAAUUUUCACUGGAGAAGUAGAAUGGAAGGCAAGAGAGACAUGAAUACUAUGGAAGUUGAAGUAGCUACAUCAGUACCUUCGCUUCCGUCAAAACCCAAAUUUGAGGCUCUGAAAGCUCAUGAGAUGUCAGAUGGUCAGGUACAAUUCAAAAUGGUUGCUGUUCCAGACCAUCGAUACACUCCCUUGGAAAAAGCAUGGUUGGAAAUCUACACUCCAAUAUAUGAGCAGAUGAAAAUUGACGUGAGGAUGAAUCUCAAAGCUCGUACGGUUGAGCUGAAGACAAGGGCCGACACACCUGACGUAAGUAACCUACAGAAGUGUGCUGAUUUUGUCCAUGCGUUCAUGCUUGGAUUUGACAUUACAGAUGCAGUUGCCCUCUUGAGGGUAGAUGAACUAUUUAUUGAGUCAUUCGAGACCAAGGAUGUUAAAACAUUGAAAGGUCACCAUAAAUCAAGGGCUAUUGGAAGGCUCUCAGGUAAAGGAGGUAAAACAAAGUUUGCUAUUGAAAAUGCAACAAGGACGCGUAUUGUGAUUGCAGACACAAAUAUUCAUAUUUUGGGAUCGUUUACAAACAAUAAAUUAGCGCGGCACUCGCUUUGUAGCCUAAUAUUAGGGUCGCCUGCUGGAAAGGUUUACUCAAAACUCAGAGCUGUUACUGCCAGAAUGGCUGAGAGAUUUUGAGUUUUUAUAAGACCUUUUUUUAUCAAGUACUAGUUAAUAUUACAUUCUAUAUGUACACCUUGUUGAGGAUUAGACUCAUAAUAUUGGCAGAUGGCAGUUUUGAUUUGUCGCCCAGUUCCCCCUCCUCUCCCUUCUCAGUAAGCCUAUGAUAAAGAUCUCACUUUUGAGAACUUUAUUUAUCUCUAUUAUGUUAUUUACAUUAA